AUGUCUAACAACACCUAUCCCGAGCAUCCCCGCAGUAAGGUCAAGCGUCUCGCUAACCGAGGUGCUUACGACUACGCAACCAUUCAUAGCAUCAUCGCGUCCUGUCCCGUGCUCCACGUAUCCUUCACCCCGGACGGCACAGAUCCAUUUCCAACAAUCCUCCCUAUGAUCGGGGCAUUGGGAUCGUUUAGGUCGCCAUCCACGCCUCUAUCGGAUGGCCCUCUGGAUCUCUAUCUUCAUGGCUGGGUUUCAGCCCGCCUCAUGCACCUCGCGGGCUCUCCCGAGGAGGAAGACGGACUCCCUAUCUGCGUUGCCGGCACGCAGGUUGACGGAUAUGUCCUUGCGCUCUCUCCCUUCCACCACAGCCUCAACUACAGGUCAGCCGUCAUCCAUGGCUACCUGACAGUGGUCACCGACCCACAGGAGAAGAUUUACGGGAUGGAGCUCAUUACCAACCAUAUCGUGCCAGACCGCUGGGCGAACUCGCGCGGCCCACCAACAAACGGCGAGCUGCAUAGUACGGCUGUGCUCAGGGUGCGCAUAGAAAGCGCGAGCGCGAAAGUUAGGACUGGCGGUCCGAGCGAGGACCGCAAUGAUGAGGCGGACGAAGCUGUAAGGGGUGCAUUCUGGACUGGGGUGAUACCGACGUGGCAGGCGCUAGGUGAACCACUUCCAGCGGCAGAGAACAGAGUCGAUGUCCCGCCGCAUGUACGGGAUUUUGUCGAGAGAACAAACGUCGGGGGGCCGAGACUGGCGAAAGAGUCGGUUUCGAAGACAGUGGCUAAGAAAGCCUAA